AGAGUCUGAGCGGAGGGAGGUUGGAUCUCAGUGGCAACAACUAUGACAGGAUCGAAGUUCAGCGGCUGAGUCAGGCCGGUAGUCUGGACGGAGACCGAGCACCGGAGGACGCGCGAGGAGUGUAAGGACGUCGGUGUUACCUGGACGGACUAAACUCGGACGGACUCGCUCGGUUUGUGGAUCCACGCAGCGGCGGCGGCUGGAGCCCGUAGCCCGGAGAGCGUUGAGCGGCUUGGCGGCGGUCCCGCUGCUAACGAAACAUGAACAAAAACCACCGAGUGCAGAGCAGCCGUUCUCUCAGUGCCGUGGAGGUGAAGAGCAAGUUCGGUGCAGAGUUUCGUCGGUUCUCACUGGAUCGGUCGAAGCCGGGCCGCUUCGAUGAGUUCUACGGCCUCCUGCAACAUGUGCACCGCAUCCCCAACGUGGAGCUGCUGGUGGGCUACGCCGACGUGCACGGCGACCUGCUGCCCAUCAACAAUGACGACAACUAUCACAAGGCCAUCUCCACCGCCAGCCCCCUGCUAAGGCUGUUCCUGCAGAGGAAAGAGGAGGCAGAUUACACGGCGUUCGGUACCGACUCGCUGACCAGGAAGAAGAACACGGUGCUCUCGGCGGUUCUUCUGCGACCCGACACCAACAGGAAAAAGCCGCCAGUGAUCAUCAGCCUCCCGAGGGACUUCCGGCCCGUAUCCUCCAUCAUCGACGUCGACAUCCUGCCGGAGACGCACCGACGUGUUCGCCUCUACAAGCACGGCCAGGAGAAACCGCUGGGCUUCUACAUCCGCGACGGCUCCAGCGUUCGGGUCACGGCACAGGGCCUCGAGAAGCUCCCUGGAAUUUUCAUCUCCCGCAUGGUUCCCGGCGGCCUGGCUGAGAGCACCGGCCUGCUGGCGGUCAACGACGAGGUGCUGGAGGUGAACGGGAUCGAGGUGGCUGGAAAGUCUCUGGACCAGGUGACGGACAUGAUGAUCGCCAACAGCCACAACCUCAUCAUCACUGUCAAGCCUGCAAACCAGCGGAACAAUGUUGUUCGCAGCGGAGGAGGCGGUGCGGCGUCCGGUAGCUCUGGACGCUCGUCGGACAGCGGAGCCAGCUACUACGGCUACUCAUCGCAAGCCGCUGCGGCCUCCAUGCCGACGCACAUCAUCCAGAACUUCCCGGUGGAUGAGCUGGAGAGCGACGACGAGGACCUGGUGAUCGAGGCGGGUGGCGAGGCCGAGCCCAUCAGGCGAGCCCCGUCCAACUACAGCAUGCCUUCGCUGCCUCGCUACGAGCCUCACCUCAACCUCCGCACUGCCACCACCUCCGUCUCUGCCUCCGCCCUCUCCAUCAACGCCAACGGGACCCUGCCGACAAGCGGCAGCAGCGGGUCACUCAGCAAUACCAACGCCACCUCCACCACGUCGUCGCCCGACAGAGCGAUGGAGAGGCGGAGUCUGGAGGAGGACGGUACCGUUAUAACGCUGUAAACACCCAGCGUUCACACACUAAACACUAGAAACCAGAGAGGGACUCAGAAGCUUCCACAAACACUCGGGGGGAGUGACGGACCAGCAAAUCAAGCGUACCGACAUCCAACUCCACCAUACAGAGACUGUACCUGAGAAGCACAAAGAUCUGUGUACAUAUUAAAGCGGAACACGACACCGACAUGUUUGUACAUCCAAACAUUUACACCACGCUUUGCUCCUCGACAUGCCAAUGAUCGCGCAUGUGUGCCAUAGUCUGAACCCCCAACUCCAUCAGACCUGCAGACACAGAAAUGUCAAAGAACGAAGUUGAAUUCGAUGCCCCACAUUUUAUUUCUGAAUAGGGAUCGACCGAUAUGGGUUCUCCAGGGCCGAUUAUUGGUAUUUUAGAAAGACUGAUGGCCGAUAUUUGGGUCUGAUUUACAUUUCAUGUUAUAUUCUAACAGCAUGUGACAGCAGAAAACCCAUCAUCCAUAACGAGGCUUCUUUAAUGAGAUGAACUACUAUUACUGAAUAUGUAUGCUAGCAAUAGGAGUGAUGAUGUCAGAGCAUUUAUUAAUCGAUCAAUUGAUUGAGAUUGAACAGUUUGUCUCUCCAGUCUUUUAAAGUUUUAUCAUGUCUUUUUGCCCACUAAGGGCCCAGAUCUUAAAUCAUUAUUUAUUAUUAUUUUCCAGACACUGUUCCUGUGGCUGCCUCCUAAUGUAGCCGCUAGCCUCUAGCCUCUAGCCUCUAGCCACUAGCCGCUAGCCGCUAGCCACUAGCCUCUGUGAAAGUAGCUCAUUUCCUUUGGCAAUGGGUGCAUUUCCUGUUCACUUUUUGCAGCUUGUGUACCCGCUGGGCUGAGGCCACCAAAUGUGCUCGUCUGUCUCUCUGUGUAAACAAUAGCCUCCAGUGAUUGGCUGUCACUCAUGACUUGUAACCAAUCAGAUAGAGCUGUGGGCGGAACAUUUCUACACAUAGAGAGAGGCAGCUGCAUCAGGCCCAAAUUAGCACAUUUAACUUAUCAAUAACCGGUAACUGGACAAACCAAACAUCGGUCCUGAUCAUCGGUUGUCCCUGUUUCUAAACCGCUGGAGGCGCUUUAGCUCCUUUUAGAGGGCCAAUAUGAAACUUCCUAUUUUAUACAUUACUUCUCAAGUGUAUGAAUAGUAAACACAUUCUGAAACAGUUUUUUUAGCUCAAUUUUUUGUCUGUGGUUGUUUUUCACACUUUAGUUCCACUACGACCACCUGCCUUGCAAUACUUUCCACACAAUGAAGUACCACAUUACUCAACAAAGAUCUGCAACAUUACUGCAGUUUUUGUUUAGGGGAGAAACCACCGAAAAAAACAAAAUAAACAAAAACAAAUCUGGGGGUUUGUGCUGACUCAGAUGCUUUUGACCACUAUUUUUAGCCAUUUGUCCUGUUUUUACGACCGACUGAUGAAUUGAUUUACCAUCUAGCCUGUGUUUUAUAUCAUUUUCUGUUUCUUUUUACUUGUAUCUCACGAGUGACUGUCAAGUUUCCGAAGUUGUGACUCCAGAAAACUGCUCCUACCUGAUUGAAAAGGUAGAAUUAAUUUCCCUCGUUGUCUUGUUCCUCAUAUUGCACUCCUUCUCCUUUCCGUGACAAGGGCUAUUUCCCCUGCUGCAUGUGUGCAAAUGACGAAACACGAAUGUGAUUUUGAUUGUGUUUGUUUUUCCUUCUCUUUUUUUUCCCGUUCUCUCCGGACCAGAACUCCACAUAUCUGAUCUGUACGACGUGUUAGUUCACUUGGACGAGACAUUUAUAAAUGAAAAGUGUUGCUUUUCUUCACAGUUUUAAUUACAUUUUUUUUGUUUAAUACAGUUAAAGGCCUGCUGUGGGAGAACUAACGCAACAGUUGCAUUCAGAAUUGCUGUGAAAUUUGGGUCUAAAUGGCUCAAAACUCAACUAUUGGGUCAUUCCAGAAUUAGAGGACAUUGGCUCAGCUUUCACAUCAGUGGUAGCAUUUUUAUUCCAUGUUUUCUGUGUUGUUUGCUAACCCUACUCUAAUCACAGUAACAGGGUUGCUAAUCCAUGCUAAUGUGAUCUUUUUCUCAGCAGUAGAAGCUAGAUAUUUAGCUGCUGUUACUGCUGACCAAGAGGACAAACUGACUGAUGGAAAACAGUCAAAAGAAUUAGUCUGAUCCUGAUAAUAUGAGGUAGAGUGAGACAUUCAAUCAAGGCUGACAAUGUUAUGAAAAUAUGAAAAAUAGAAGAGAGGACAUAGCUUUGCUCUACACAUUCUUUAGGAAAACUGAUGAUGUAAAUGACAAAAACGAGACAGAAAAUGACAGAAACGAGAUGCAAAACAACAAAAACAAGACAAAGUGACAGAAAUGAGGCACAAAAUGACCAAAAUGAGACACAAAAUGAAAAGAGACAAAACAACAAAAAAGAAACAGAAAAUGACAAAAACAAGACAUGAAAUGACAGAAACGAGACGCAAAAGACAAAGAUGUCAACAGUGUUGUUGUGGGACAUGUUCCAUGCAUAAUAAUUACUAUUUAAAAUAUGUUGUUUAAAAAAAAGUUCUCACAAUUGCCAGAGACAUCAAUGAAAAAAAUGGUACCAAAAAAAGGAGAUUUAAUUUUCACUUUACCUGUUUUAUUUGAGAUUCAAUUUGGUCAUCAUUUUAGGGGGAACUCCAGACUUAUUUCGUAUUUUUAAAAUAUUUUCAAACAUUCUUUUUUCCUAGUUUAUUUUAGAUUUGGUCUCAGGACAAGAACAUUUGCACAACAACUGCAUGUUUUAGUAUUUUGUACAUGGAUUAUUUGAAAUUUGAUGUAAGAUGUCCUCCAGUUUUGGAAUGAUCCUACUAUUGUCCCACACUAAGUCCUGGACAGACUGAGUCAUAUUGAAACUAACGCAGGUGCGCUGAGCAUAAACCACUUUCUGUUUGAUAAAGGUGAGGUAGGUCGGCUUUAUUCCAGCUCUGACCUGCGUUUGGUGUCUCCAUCGACUCUAUAAUGAACUCAGAAUUUACUGUCACCUCUUAAAAUGUGCAAAUUGUUCCGUAAAAUCCGACUUUAACGUGAUUUUUCGGGAUGAAAUUGCGCAGAAAUGUUCUCACAGUUCCUGAAGCAGAUCCAUCCCUGUAAUAUAAUAUAUAAUGUAUGUCCAUUAGCAUUACACGCUGCUGCUCACCACCUCCCUGAGGUGAGAGCAGAUGGUCAAUUAUUCCACUUAUUGAUUUUUUUCUCUCUCCUGUUGAAAGUGCUAACUCUGACUUUAGCAUGGAUUUUUAUCAGUAAUGCUUCAGUCAAGUGUGCAUUAAAACACAUGAAGGUCCACCAUUUGUAGAAAAAACGAGACAAAAUGACAAAAAUUAGACAAAAACGAGACGCAAAAUGACAAAAAUUAGACAAAAACAAGAUGCAAAAUGACAAAAACGAGAGAAUAUGACAAGAACGACAUAAAACGACAAAAACGAGAGAAAAUAACAAAAACAAGACACAAAACAACAAAAAAUAUACAAAACGACAAGAAUGAUACAUAAAAUGACAAAAACGAGACACAAAAUGACAAAAACAAGACACAAAGUGACAAAAAUGAGACACAAAAUGACAAAAACAAGACAGAAAAUGACAAAAACAAGACGCAAACCGACAAAAGCAAGACAGAAUAUGACAAAAACAAGACACAAAACGACGAAAACGAGACGUGACAAGAACAAGACAAAACGACAAAACAAAACGCAAAAACGACAAAACAAAAUGCAAAGUGACAAAAUGAGACAUAAAACUUUAGCUCUGUUUAUCUGUUUAUCAUGUGAAUCCGUUAGACAGACUGCAAACUAAAGGUCUUUUCUUUGGAUUUUACGGUACAGAAAAUGCUGUUUUCUCUUCUUCCAUUCCCUUUAACGAAUCAUAAGACUGUUGGAAAUUUCUGUUAAUUUAUUCUCUUGAUCGCUAACUUUUACCGCAGGACACUGGGAUUGUUUUUUUUAUUUAUUCUCUAAUCAUAUGUCUGCAUAUUUUCUUCCUUUGUACACAUUUUAUGACUUUAUUUUUGUAACGGAUGUGGUUUUUUUUGUUUAUCUGUGAUUGUUUGGUCAUAAAUCUCAUGGUACAGUAGAUUUUAUCGCCCGUUAGAGAUGAUUAGUCUGUGAUUUUGGUGUUCUGGCUGAUCAGAGGAGGACACUAUCGCUAUUUUUUUUCAUACUGUGAAUUAUUAUCAUCAUCAUUAUUAUCAUUAUUGUUAUUCUGUGGGAGAGAAACAGUGGUAUUAGUGCAACCACCUCAGAACAGGCUAAGUGUUGUGCUUUGAUUAUUAUUAUUUUUUUAAAUGAUUUUUUUCGCUUGCCAGAUACAUCUUAUGGUCUAGAUUUGUAAUAAAGAUUGUCAGUAUUUUCAUAUCGAUGCUAUAUAUGAUGUACAUCUUAUCGACAUUAAAUGAAAAAAUGUUUUAAGACUGGAAAUGUAUGAAAGUAUAGAUGUACACCUGUAACUGCUGAUUGGAGGAGCUGGAUAAAAUAAACUAAUAUGUAGCAAUAA